GAAUACAAGUGUCAGUUCUGUCAUGGUGCCAUAUCCGGUGGGCGUCCGUGCAGCGAUGUAAUCCUUGCAAAACAGCCUGACAUACGAUUAUAUGGUUGCACUUAUUACAAGGCAUUAACCAACAACCGCUCAAUUCAAGUCCGACUCAAUGAGACCGUUCACGUUCAGAGGGCAAUCAGAGAUGAUCAUAAGAAGAUUUUGAAAAAGUUGAUGGAUGUUAAUGAGAAGAGAAAGAAAGACGAGGUUGCUGGAGAGGAAAAGUUUGACGACAUUCCAUCAGCAGCUCAAGACCGUCUUUCUCCCGAAACGUUCCAUCGAAAGGAUUUGCGAGUGUUCCGAGUGGAGCGACUCUUCUCUGCUCCGGGCGGUCAUCGUUUUGUGUUCGGUUUCUAUUAUGCUCGACCCCAUGAGACGUUUUGCGAUUCGCAGCGGAUAUUCCAUAGGAAUGAGGUAUUUGCAACUCCGCUGUAUGAUACGCUCCCUCUUGACGCUGUUGUCGGACGAUGCACUGUGUUAGAUCCUUCAGUUUGGUGUCUUGGCAGACCAACAGUGCCGAAAUUCAAGGAAGAAGAUGUGUACCUUUGCGAAUACCAAAUUGAUCGCAAUCAACGAAGUUUCGAGAAGAUCCCGAGCAAAAAUCGAUAUCCGAUCAAUACGCAACCGUACGUGUUCCGAAAGUUUGACGAGCCUAUCACAAUAAAAAGAGAUUUCACGCCGUUCAUCGUGGACUCAUCCUCACCGUCAUCUUCGUCUCAGUCGAAGUCGUCAUCGAAAGACAAAGAUGCUAGCGAAGGGGUGAAUUCGAAGCGAAUAAUGAUGGAUAAUCUUUCUGCUAUCGUAGAAAAGCUGAAAUCGCCCUCUAAAACGGUGGAGUUCAAGGUCCAAGCAGAAGAGGAGAAGAAGCGAAGGCGUCCCCGUAAGCUGUGUCGAACGACAAAGCCUUCGAGCGGAUAG